GCGCCGAGCUGCCGAUCGGGUUUCCCAGCAGGCGCAGGCGGAAAAAGCGAGCACCGAGCUUCUGUCGCCAUCUCCGGGACAGAAACACCCAGCUCAGGUUCCCCGUGCUGUGUGGGUACCCACCUUUCUCUUGCGACCCCGCCGGCUGUUCCUAGCUCCUGCGACCUCAGCAUCUCAGGCUCCUCAUCAGGCCACUACCAUCUCGGUCUCUGCUGUAGCUUCCAGGGCCUGCAGGAUGUUUCACGGGAUCCCGGCUACUCCUGGUAUUGGAGCCCCUGGAAACAAGCCGGAGCUGUACGAGGAAGUAAAGUUGUACAAGAAUGCUCGGGAGCGGGAAAAGUAUGACAACAUGGCGGAGCUGUUUGCGGUGGUGAAGACUAUGCAGGCGCUGGAGAAGGCAUACAUCAAGGACUGUGUCACCCCCAAUGAGUACACUGCAGCCUGCUCCAGGCUCCUGGUCCAGUACAAAGCUGCCUUCCGACAGGUCCAAGGCUCAGAGAUCAGCUCCAUUGAUGAAUUUUGCCGAAAGUUCAGACUGGACUGUCCACUUGCUAUGGAGAGGAUCAAAGAAGACCGGCCCAUCACCAUCAAGGAUGACAAGGGCAAUCUGAACCGCUGCAUCGCGGACGUAGUCUCGCUCUUCAUUACAGUCAUGGACAAGCUUCGCCUGGAGAUCCGCGCCAUGGACGAGAUUCAGCCAGACCUACGGGAGCUCAUGGAGACCAUGCAUCGAAUGAGCCACCUGCCUCCAGACUUCGAGGGCCGCCAAACAGUCAACCAAUGGCUGCAGACCCUGAGCGGGAUGUCGGCCUCUGAUGAGCUGGAUGACUCCCAGGUCCGCCAGAUGCUCUUCGAUCUGGAGUCGGCUUACAAUGCCUUUAACCGCUUCCUGCAUGCCUGAGCCUCAUCGACUGACGGAGGUGCAGCGCCUCAGCUCGCCAGUAUCUACACCUGUCCUAGAUGUCUAUAUUGUCAGGAAAUCGCCCCCCCCCCCCCCCAAUAAAUAUCAGAGACAGCUCCAA